AUGGCGAAGUUGCAGCCAGUGAACAUUGAUCCGCCAAAGCCAAAGCCAAUAUUUGAAGUUAAUAUGACCACUCUCAUUAACAUGACUGAUGAUGAUCUUAAGGCUAGGGAAGGACAUAAAUUGUGGGAACUUGCACUGCAAAACAUGGCUUCGGCAAUUUUCUGCAUUGGACUCAUACUUUUCUCUCUCCUCCUCCUUCCAUGUGAAGCCCAUGAAACCAUACAACCCUUUGAAUAUAUAUACCAGUUUGGAGAUUCAUUGGCGGAUACAGGGAACCUUAUUCGCCAAAGCGCCACCACCGGCAAAACAGUAGCUGCCGCCCAUCUGCCCUACGGCGAAAGCUUUCCUGGCUGGGCCACCGGUCGCUGGUCUGAUGGCCUUCUCAUCAUAGACUUCGUUGCAGCACCUACCACAGAGAAGGAUCCCAUAGAACGUAAGAGAAGGAAGGGAAUUUCACAUUCACGCUACGACCCUAAUGCUUUCGAUCUCUCCAUCACAGAACAGAACAGAAUAGGCUGCAACGAAGCGAAGCCAAUUACACAUUUACACAUAAAGAAGGGGAAGCUUAACAGGCUCUUUGCCACGUGGGCUGCUGUUAGCAUGUUAGUUGCCUCUUACCUGACCCUUCUUACUGGAUUUCCUGUCUUUCCUGAUGGCUUAGAACUGAUAGCAAUUGAAUCAGCUGUUGAUGCAAUAGAAGUAGAAGGUCUUUCUGCAAUAUCCCCUGCUCUCGAACGUGCUCUUGUCGCAAUUGAAUCUGAAUACCUUAUUUUCUGGGUAUUGGCAGUGAAUCAGAUAGAAUAG